AAUGGGACGGUCCAUGGAAUAUCGAUCGUAUUGUGAUAACUGUGCUGUCGGUUUGUGUUCGGGACGUUUUUCCGGUAAAUAUAUAUAUACAACAUGACGGCAAAUUGUUACGUCUAUUUUCUGACAACUUUAGUUUUUACAAACAACAUACUAAUACUGAGUGCGGAGGUAGUUCUAGGGGAAGACCUAAAUGAGGAGUUUGAUUUCGAUGGCCUACCGGGCGCCCAACACGAGUUUAAGGUGGAAGUAAGGGCGGGAACAGAGGAGUGUUUCUACCAGAGCGCAAAGAAGGGGGCGAAAUUCCACGUGUCGUUCGAAGUUCUGAGAGGAGGUGAUCGUAAAAUCGAUUUCUUUGUUAAAGACCCCACGUACAAAAUCAUUGCUUCUGAACAAUGGAAAUCAGACGGAGCGCUGGAAAAAGACAUUGAAAUUGAAGGUUGUGGACCAAUGGAGUCUUCAGAAUUCAGAAAGCGCGGGAAGGUUCUUGUGGACUACAUUGCUGAUUAUAUGGACAAUUUGGCGCUGCGCAAGGUUACACCGGACGUCGAGCCUGGUUACUUACGGGAACUACUUCCAAAGUGCGCUCCCAACAGAGGCGAAGAUUUCCAGGACAUAAUGAAAGAUGUUGAAAGGGCGAUUAUGCCAGGGAUUACACACUGGCAGCAUCCUAAUUUCCAUGCGUACUUUCCUGCUGGCAACUCUUUUCCGUCUAUUCUCGGCGACAUGUUGUCUGAUGCCAUUGGCUGUAUUGGAUUCUCGUGGGCUGCUAGCCCAGCGUGUACUGAGCUGGAGACGAUAACUCUUGACUGGGUUGGGAAAAUGAUUGGGCUUCCAAAAACGUUUUUGAACGAAUCAGGUGGAGGAGGCGGCGUUAUCCAGGGAUCCGCCAGUGAAUGCGUUCUGGUUGCAUUGCUAGCUGCUCGUCAUGCGGCCAUCAUAAAGUUGAAGAGUCGUCUCCCCUUCAUUGAAGAUGGCAUGCUGUUAUCGAGACUAGUGGCGUAUUCGUCAAAACUGGCUCACUCCUGUGUGGAAAAGGCCGGUAUGAUUGGGUUUGUAAAGAUGAGACAGCUGGACGUGGAUGAGAAGUUUUCUCUCAGAGGUCACGUCUUGGAGAGAGCUAUAGAGGAAGAUCGCCGGUUAGGGCUGAUUCCGUUCUACGUCUGUGCCACGCUGGGCACGACGGCGUGCUGUUCGUUUGACAACCUGGCGGAGAUUGGGGAGGUGUGCGCCAAGGAGGAUGUCUGGCUCCAUGUUGAUGCAGCAUACGCCGGAAACGCGCUCAUCUGCCCCGAAUUUCGUCAUCUACUGAACGGUGUCGAGAAUGCUAAUUCACUAAAUUUCAACACAAACAAAUGGUUGCAAGUGAAUUUUGACUGUUCGCUUAUGUGGGUUCGGGAACAAGAUGCAUUGUCUUCGGCGUUGACCGUGGAUCCGCUGUAUCUUCAACACAAGCACGGAGACCAAGCUAUUGACUUUAGGCACUGGGGAAUACCGCUUAGCAGACGAUUUCGAUCUCUCAAACUGUGGUUUGUCUUGCGAACCUACGGCGUGGAAGGGCUUCAGUAUCGGAUAAGGGAGCACGUUCGUCUUGCGAAACUGUUCGAAAGUUUGGUUGAGAAGGACGAACGUUUUGAAAUUCUCGGAGAGGUUACCAUGGGACUCGUCUGUUUCCGCCUGCAGGGUCCUAACUCCCUUACCCAGAAGCUACUGCGCAUGAUCAACGAGUCGCGGAAGCUGCACAUGGUUCCGGCUUUAAUCAACGAACACUUCGUGAUUCGCUUCGCCAUCUGCGCGGAGAGGGCUUGCGACAAGGAUAUUACGUACGCCUGGGACGUCAUAGUGGAAAUGACGUCAGAGCUACUGUUGAACAGACGUGACAGCAACCGACAACUGGAGAAGGCUGUGGUGGAGGAGAGUCCCAGCGAUGAAGAGGAUGACGAGGUGUUCCCGGAGUUCGACCACGAGAUGAUCUUCGACAACCAGCGCUGUAACCUCCAGAGAGCGCGCCUGCGCAGAAACCUCUUCCUGAAGAUGGUCUCCGACCCAAAGUCGUACCACCACCACGUGUUCAAGUCUCUCGACAUCGACAACAUGAGGAUAAGGAGCCAGUCUCUUGGGGAGAGCGAUCCCAAGUGCACCCAGAGCACGGACUAUAUCUUUGGAACACCUCUGUAAAUGGUGGCGUUAACAGGCCCGUUGGAACUAUAUCUGAAGUGGCUGUGGUGGAGGAGGGUACAAUCCCAGGGGGGGGGGGGGGGCAGAGAACAGAUUUUUUUAUCAUUAUUUA